AUCAUGACCAUGCGUCACGCAAGGCCUACACAACACCAGCACACUGCUAAGCCUACUACACACUCGCACAUCAUAUCAAUAACAAACAUGGCUCCUCUUCGCAACGUAGAAUAGUAUUGUGCCAUUGCGUGUUCACCAAGCCGACAAAAUGCCGGGACUCGUGCUGUUCAACAGACGAUGGACUGUCAGCAGCGAUGACUUUGUGUUCUCGAGUGCGGGAGAAGCCGUACUUAGAAUAGCAUGGCUCCUGACACUCAUCAUCAUUCUUUCCAUCCAUCAUGAUGAUUUUGAAUGCAGUUAUGGUCAUACUCUGAGGUUUUUCUACAUUGGCACGUUAGUGCUGAAUGUUCUGGGGUUAAUAUCCAGCUUAAUCUUGCUGUAUAUUAGCAUGCAGGGAUCAAUAAAAAACGCUUACCCCCGGCGGCAUGUCUGCAAGUGCCUGUAUGCGAAGCUGCUUUUGUUCUUGCCAGAGUUUGUUUGGGUCUGUUUGUCCACGUUUUGGGCCUUUGGACACUCGUACAUAUGUGAUUACUCUGUUGUGGUAACUGCCAGGGCUGCCGUUAUCUUUUCAUGGUUGGUUUGUGGUCUUGUCAUGUUUUCGGUGCUGAUGGCCUUCGACCCGGUGGGAUCUGCCAAGAGUAGGAGUGCGGUCACUUGCAGAGUGAGUGGGCAAGGAGAUGAGUCUUUGUCCGUAAGCAAUGUGUCUGCAUCCAAAGUUUGGGAGAACAGAUGCCGUUGUAUGUGCUGCUGCAUUUCUUUCAGUCAAGAUACUCGAGAAGCUUUUUCGGAUGUUGCCAAACUUGUUGCCGACUUUUUUCAUGACCUUGACCUUGUGCCCAGUGACAUCGUGGCUGGUCUAGUCCUUGUACAGCAGGACCAGGUAGAACAGGACGAUCAGCUCAACACCGUCACAGUUGGAUCAAGUUCGAACGGACCAUCCCUACCCGUGUUCAACAACGGAGCUGCUGUGCCACAGCCUAAAAGCUGGAUGACGAUAGACAACAUGAACCACUUCUUUCGCUACGCCAUGGGCAGUUACGGGUGGCCAUUCUUCAUGUACCAACACCUCACGACUGGACUCUGCCGUCUCAGUACAAAAUUCAGGUGUUGUGCUUGUAUCCGCAAAUCAAACAGCGUUCUCCGAGACAACAUCUGCCAGUGCAACACGGCCGCCAUAAAAAAAUUGUCGGGGAUCGCUGAAGAAGAUAUAGUUUAUGUCACUUUUCAUAACAAGUUUAAGCAAAUUCCCUUUUACGUUGUGCUAGAUCGAGAGAAGAAUGCUGUUGUAGUGAGCAUCAGAGGCACGUUGUCUCUACAGGAUGCCCUCACUGACAUCUGGGCGGUGGGUGCUCCGCUGGACAUCCCCGGUGUGGAAGAAAGCUUCUGCCACUCGGCCAUGCUGGACUGUGCCAAGUACAUCGAGUCAGAGCUGAAGUCUUUGAAACUUCUUGACACAGCCUUCAGCUAUUUGCAGCAAGGGGCGAGUCUCGUCGUGACGGGCCACAGUCUGGGGGCGGGGGUGGCGGCGUUGUUGGCCGUCCUGCUGCGACAAGAGUACCCCAACCUAAUGUGUUUCUCCUACUCUCCCCCGGGCGGCCUCAUGAGCCCGAAGGCAAGCAAGUACGCUCUCGACUUUGUCUGUUCUGUCGUGGUGGGAAAAGAUUUGGUGCCCAGGUUGGGCAUGUCGACUCUGGCAGAUCUCAAAGUCAAGAUUUUGAAAGCUCUCAACGAGUGCCACUACCCGAAGUAUCGAAUUCUGGCGACAGGCUGCUCACGACUGGUCUGUGGUAAGCGUAGCUCCAGCAAGGACCGAUCCUCUCAGCUGCUGAUCCGAGACAAACCACUCACACGCUACAUGGAGGAGCGACCCACAGUUCUGCAGGACCACACUCUGCAGGAGGCCUUGCGGAUGGCAGAGAACCAAGCCAGUGAGGUGAUGAAGACAAACUGGCCACUGCACCCAGCCGGACAAAUCCUGCACAUUUUCGAAGUUGAAGAGUCGUCCAUCUGCGGACAAGAAGCCCAGUAUGCGGCCGUGUGGUGCGACCCCCAGGUCUUCAACAAGAUCGUCAUCAGCCACAAGAUGGUGUCCGACCACAUCCCCAACGCUGUCGCCGCGGCCUUAGAGCAGCUGGUGGAGAAGAAGUACGUGCCGCAGCAACAGCAGACUGCGCAGCUCACGCACCACUGCUGAGAUAGAUGACAUGAGA